GCGCCUUCUGUCUCAGUGCUUGACAGGCCGGCAAGCUCUUAGGAUCCAUCGGGUUCUACCAGUCACGUCGCAGACCCUCGAUCACCUUCUUCGCUUCGGGUGCCCGACCGAAUAUUAGCGGGCGGUUGACGGUUCGCAGACUCGAGGGUGAUGCUGAAAGGUUUAGCGCGACAGACUGGUACCCCGCAACAAUAGUAACAUAGGAACCCGGUGGUGCCGGCCGAGUCGAAGUACCGGAAGUGUAUAACGUCGGAGACAGGAAGGGUGACGAAGAUAGUCGCACGACACGAGAGGAUUCAUCCCAUCGCCGAAGAUUGAAGGUAACCAGGUCGGAUUAUCGCGCGAUGACGUUUAAAGGUGAACCGACAGGAAGCGGGAACUGUCACUGAAACGAUCACGUGACAACGCGUGAACCGACAGUAGAACCGGGGUUGAAGGUCACGAAGAUGUGCCGGACCGUAUGAUCUUGAGGACACUUUGCGUAAAUACUCUAAAGUGCCUUGUGAUUUUUUUCUUUCUUUCUUUCUUUCUUUCUCUCUCUUGUAGUGAUUUUUGGUGUGCGUGAGAACAGUUUUGGUGAACACCAUAAAAAGUGGAGCAACUGGACCGUGCGGAUCGUCGUCUUCAGGGGACGGUGACGAGUUUCACGAUAAAGGGACCAGAAAAUUCCUGCAAGAGAAGAACGUAUGAUCGGGCAAGUUCGGGAAGAAGCUGGCGGUGGGACUUUUUUAGCGAAGAAGGCCAGAGGUGCGCAGGAAGAAGUAGAAAUUCUGUAAGGAGCGCGAAAUAGAAGCUAUAUACACGAGAAAGUUCAAGAUCCGUCUCGGAGGGAAGACAGAACAAACUCGAGGAGCGACGAACGACGAUGCUAUCGAUCAUCUGAUCGUUCCUGUCGCGACAAAGGCCGAUCGUAGUUGAUUCAAAGUUGAUUCAACUAAGAGCGACCUUGAACAAAAUGGUCACGAGGGCGCUUUUAUUACUCUCGUUGGUCCUCCUUGGUGCCUUCGACGUCCCCGGCGUCGAGAGAACCCAUGUCCGGCACUUGGCGAUGGCAGGUAACGCCUGCAACGCCUGCAGGAUCCACGAAGAGAUCCGCGCGCUUAGUCUGGAAGCGAUCAAGGAACAGAUCCUGAACAAGCUGGGCUUAAAACAGGCGCCCAACAUGACGGGUCGGGUUUUGCCAAAAAUCCCACCCGUCUCGAAGCUGUUGGACAGGUUCGAGAUGCAGGCCGAUCAGCCACUUGAGUCUGGUAUCACGCACUACGAAGAGGUUGAUGAGUAUACCGCCAAAACGGAGACCGUCUUUGCCUUGGCGCAGCCACAUCAAAGGCUAAGGCAUUCAAAGGGCAACUUAGACGUACUCUACUUUAAAUUCUCCGACAAAAUCGUUCAACAUCGCGUUACCAGGGCGGAACUGUCCCUCUGGGUGUGGGGUGUGAAUCAGGAAGUGGCCGAAAUCGGCGAGUCACUCGAUCUGAAGGGUCAGGACACGCUGACGAUCACGUUGCGAAGAAUCCUCCGGGGGACAAACGAGGCCGGCGAGCCUUUGCUGGGGCCCGCCCUCGUCACGAAGCACCCUCGGCCAGAAAUGGGCGGCAGGAUCACGAUCGAGCUCAGACGGAUGGUGGCCGAGUGGUUCAAACAUCCCCGGGACAAUCUCGGAGUGGCCCUGAAAAUCACCUGCGGGAAUCAUCACAGGAACUUGGCCCGACUGGUCGAGACCAGCCCCAACGCGGACAACACGCCCUAUCUCGAGGUGCAGACGCAAGAACUCGAUUCGCGAAAAAACUCCAGGAUCAAGAGAAACGUGGGACUCAAUUGCGACGAGGCCAGCCAGGAGACCAGGUGUUGCCGGUACAAGCUCACGGUGGACUUUGAAAAAUUCGGCUGGGAUUGGAUAAUCGCGCCUAAAAAAUACGAUGCCAAUUACUGUUCGGGCGACUGUCCGAUGGCUUUUCUACCGGCCUAUCCCAACACGCACAUUGUCAGCCUGGCGGAGCCGCCGAACAAUACCGGGCCGUGCUGCGCGCCCAGGAAACUCUCCGAGAUCACGAUGCUCUACUUCGACAACGAGUACCAGAUCGUGUUCUCGCGGCUGCCGGGCAUGGUGGUCGAGAAGUGCGGCUGCUCAUAGUCCACCUACGAGUCGGACGACGGGGACGACUACGUGGAGGGUCCCUACGUGCGAGGCGACGCUCUUCUCCUUCUGAUCAAUUCCGAUAAUCAUCAUCGUUGUCCCCGUCAAUUGUCGUCGUCAAUUGUCGUCGCCGCGUUCCCGGCGAUUCCUCAUCCGAUAGACUGAAAGUGCCUUGUUCGGAGAGUGGUCGCGUAGAUGCGGAUCCCUUCGGAGCGCAAGAGAGAGAGAACGCGAAGGAAACUGAGGAAAAAAGUGCGCGAGUGCUGAUUCGCGAGGAUCUCCUCUAAGACUGUGCGCUGGAUGCCAAGGAGGGAUGCUCGUGUCGUCAGCGACAGGUGAUCCCACGACGGUGGUCCAUGGCAAGGCGGAUAGUUCCUAGAGUCACGGUAUUAUUUUUAAGACGCCGAUACGUUUGCACCUGAUCCGCGUGUACGACCUCGAGAUGGGGGAGUUUUUGCUGAUUGCUCGAAGGUGCGAGAGAAGAGAGAGCUCGGGAGUACUUGUGACACACAUAUGGAACUCAAAUUUAUAUUCGUAGGGAAUGAGUUUUUUUUUAACAACGCGGUUUCGUGAGAAGCGAGAGAAAACUUGGAACUUCUUGUUUGCUCUUGCGUCUCGCGAGACUUUAAAUCAAGUGCGAAGAAUAUAAUUCGAGCGUUUUUAUCAAUGUGACAAAAUUGUAUUCGACAAAUGUUUUCUUGCCUCUUUCAUUUCUUUAUAUGCGAGGAAGCAAGAUAGAUAUGUCGACGAUCGAUGGAAACGUAUUGGCCAACAGAUCUCGGUGUACAGUAAAAUCGUUGUUUUUCUAAUGGUUUUCCCUUUUCCCUCUCCCCCCACACACCCUCGUCUUUCUACAAUAUUAUAUAUAUAUAUAUGUACAUAUAUAUAUAUAUAUAUAUAUAUAUAUAUAUAUAAUUUCUGUGUCAUUAUGAUCGUUUUUUUAGCAAAUUGUGAGAGUGCGUGUGCGAAAGAGCGUGUCGAAUUAUGUAAAUAAGUCGUAACAGGCAAGAGAGUGUAAUGUUGCUUCGCUGAGAUUCCCGGGUCUUGAAAGGACCCGACAAGGAUGUUACUCGUAUAUCGGCGGCUCUGUUCUCCGCUAUUUCUAAAAAAAAGCGAGUACGAUUUUAAAUAAAUUGUAAUUACACACCUACGGCGCAAUAAAUUCGAAAUUUCUUUAUAUUGCGAAAAUUGAAAGUUUUUCGCAUAAAUUAUACGAUCGCGAAAAUAAGUAUUGAACGUUUAUUCUUUCUAGAUAAAUGAACGUUAUUCGCGAAAUGCGCCCGAUUUUUGUAGCUUUCUUCAUGACUUAUUAAGUAUUAAUAGCUGCAUUUUAACGCGUCGGGAGAUGCACUUAUCAAGAAGGGAUAACGACGUUUCUUUUACGUCCCUUCCUGUUUCGUGCAAUGUUAAAAAUUGAUAAUAUUUUCGGGCAAGAUCAGUAAAGGAUUCCUUGACAAGCAACGUAACAUCUAAAGUUUGAUUAAUUUUCAUAAAUUUCAAAAGGAUCCUUCUCUGAUCUUUGCUUAAUCAAUUAUCACUUAAUUAUAUCGUACUAAAGGAUCAGUGCUAUAUAAUAUGUAUAGAUGUAUCUCCUCGACGCUUAAACAAUUCUAGUUAUAUGUAACGAUUGAAAGUAAAAUUUCGACGAAUUUAGGUCUUUGUAUUUAGUCAAUAAAAAAAGAAAUAAAUAAUUGCGACGCGAUAAUUGCGGCAAAGUGGCAUUUAUCCACUGAACUUGUAGGCAUCGAGAAGUGAAAUUUUAUUAAUUUCGAUCUUUGCUAUCUUCGAAAUUGUGCUAAAAAAAUGUUUGACGCUAUACGAAGUAACACUUAAUUCCACGUUUUAACCCUCGGCUUCGAGUCAAGUGCACUGUAGCUACAUUUUGUAAAAUAGUAUACGAUACACAAUCGACUUGCGCGCACCGUCCCUAAACUUUAUGUGAUUUUAAAAGAAAAAAUACACAUACACGUACGACUUUAUAAAAAAAAAACUUUGCGAUUUUUAUAUAAAGCAAUCAUUAGAAUGUAAGACAAAGCUCCUUGAAAAAUCGAUUCUUUUGUAACUCAUCUCUUCCCUCGUCGAGCUGUCCUCUAUCUUUUCAUCCCCUUUCCUUCUCGUCCGCUAUCCAUUUUCCGUUUGUUUGUCAGUGUACCAAUAAUUAAAAAAAUAAUGGAAUAUAUAUAUAUACCUAUAUCUUUUCCCCAAUAUACAAACGAGGACGGCAAAAAAAUGCAUACUUAUAUGUAUAAUGUGUACUUCUUAGAUAGGUAGCAUAGAUAGACAAAUAUUUAUUCCAUUAAAUAAACGGAUUUUCGAUGAG